AUGGCAGAAUACAGCGAAUUAUCUUCAAGCUCCUCGGAGGAUGAAGAGAUCAUUGAACAAUACCAUAUGAAGGAGAUCAUUGGUUAUGGCAGCUUUGGAUAUGUGAAACUAGCCUAUCACCGCCUCACAGGCACCCAAGUGGCAGUGAAAAUACUCCUGAAGGGUGAGUUCUACAAUCAUCGGAUCAAAAAUGAGGUGGACAUUAUUAAGACUGUACAUCACCCACAUGUAAUCAGGUUGUACCAGGUUAUGGAGAAGGACGAGCAUGUGUACCUAGUUAUGGAGCUGGCCACCAAGGGAGACCUCCUAGGGUGGAUCCGAAAAUCCAGCCGUCUAUUCGAGGAUGAAGCUAGGAGACUCUUCAAACAGAUUGUGAGUGCUGUGCAGUACUUUCACCGGAAUGGAAUUGCACACCGAGACCUUAAGCCCACCAACAUCCUGUUGGAUGCCAAAGGCAAUGCCAAGGUCAGUGACUUUGGCCUGAGCAUCCGGACCACGCCAGGGCAGUUGCUGAAGGAUGUAUGUGGUGCCUUGAUAUUCCGUCCCCCUGAAAUGUUCCUGCGUGAAAAUUAUGAUGGUUGUAAGGUGGACAUCUGGACCUUGGGUGUCCUUUUGUAUUUUAUGCUAACAGGAAAAUUCCCAUUUCAGGGGAUCAAUUUUAGCCAGAUACAGGUACUGGUCCUGGAGGCUAGGUACAUUGCUCCAUUUUACCUGUCUGCAAAAGGGCGGAAUAUCAUCUUCCAAUUGCUAACUGCAGACCCAAAGCAGAGGCCCAGUAUCGAACAAAUAAUUGAGCACCCAUGGCUCAACCAAGUUGAGGAAUGUGCCCCGUGUUCUGAUGAGCCACUGCCCAGUGAGCUGGAUCCCAUUAUUGUUGCAGUAAUGUGUGACAUGGGGUACAAUCUAGCUGAGAUCUGCAAAUCUAUUCUGGAUAGAGCAUUCAAUGAAGCCAUGGGCACAUACCUUGUAAUAAAAGAACACUUGAAGAAGACUGUCACCAGUGUUAAAACAGUGCCUUUGACUGUUCCACCAUGCCCAACUCCUGAAGACCUUUCUGCCUUCCCUCUCCCUCCACGAAGGACAGCCAGUUUACCUACUCAGCUUAACACCAUCAUCUCAUCUGAAUUUCACUUGCCCUAUGAUGACAAGCAGUCACCAACGAAGAGAGGCCUAAGUGUUACUCUGCCUGCCAUUCCCCUCUGCUUCCUGCAAAAGAUUCCCAGUUCCAGUGUAAGCCCAUGCCAUGACUCUAUGCUUUCUCAUAACUGUUAUUUCUUUUUGAGCAGCAAUGAGCGAUGUGGAUCAGAGGAAAACACCCUUUCCUCUGGGCAGCUGAAUGAUGAGUUCACAGAUUCUAGCUUGAAUAGAUGGGGCUGGAGGAGGGUGGCUCACAGCAUAGCCACCAUUCUUCGCAGAAUAUGCUGCUGUAUGCAGGCCCCAAAGUAA